GAAGAGGGAAACAAAUCUAGAAAUAUGAGCUCCAAGAUGGUCAUGGGUGAACCAAGUCUGAAUUGGGAUAUUUCUCCUAAAAAUGGCCUUAAGAUAUUUUUCUCUCGAGAAAAUUAUAAAGAUCAUUCGAUGGCUCCAAGUUUAAAAGAACUAUGUGUAAUUUCUAACAGACGUAUAGGCGAAAAUUUGAACGCUUCAGCAAAUUCAGUAGAAAAUGAGCCGGCAGUUAGUUCAGCAGCUCAAGCAAAAGAAAAAGUUAAAACUACAGUUGGAAUGGUUCUUCUUCCAAAACCAAGAGUUCCUUAUCCUCGUUUCUCUCGUUUCUCACAGAGAGAGCAGAGGAGUUAUGUGGAUUUGUUGAUUAAAUAUGCAAAAGUUCCUGCAAAUUCCAGAGAUGUUGCAACAAGUAAGAAUGACUAUUUGCAGUACUUGGAUAUGAAAAAGCAUGUGAAUGAAGAAGUUACUGAAUUCCUGAAGUUUUUACAGAAUUCUGCAAAGAAAUGUGCACAGGAUUAUAAUAUGCUUUCUGAAGAUGCUCAUCUCUUCACAGAGCAAACUUUAAAAGCUGGCAUUGAACAAGUAAAAAAGUACCCAGAAUUCUAUACUCUCCAUGAAGUUACCAGCUUAAUGGGAUUCUUCCCAUUCAGAACAGAUAUGGGAUUAAAAUUAGAGAAGACUCUUCUUGCAUUGGGAAAUGUAAAAUAUGUGAAAACCGUAUUUCCCUCGAUGCCUGCAAAGCUGCAGCUAACAAAAGAGAACAUUGCUUCCACUGAAACAGCGGAACAAAUAGCUGCAGCUAUGCAUGAUAAUAUCAGUAAUGAUCCCAAUGCAGAGAAGCUUGUUUCAAGAUAUCACCCACAAGUUGCUCUUACUAGUCAGUCAUUAUUUACCUUAUUAAAUAAUUAUGGACCAAGCUAUAAGGAACAGUGGGAAAUUCCUGUGUGUGUUCAACUAAUACCUGUUGAAGGUUCAAAACCUAUUAAAGUAAUUUAUAUUGAUUCACCACUUCCACCAAAGAAAAUGACAAUGAGAGAGAGAAAUCAAAUCUUUCAUGAAGUUCCAUUAAAGAUCAUGAUGUCCAAAAACACAUCUGUUCCAGUCUCCUCAGUAUUUAUGGACAAACCCGAAGAGUAUGUACCUGAAGUGGAUAUGUCUCAUGAAUUUAAUGAGUGCCGAAAAAUUGAAACUCAUGAAAAUUUCGAUCUGAAUUUUGAUGAUGAUGUCACAGAACUUGAAACUUUUGGAGUAACUACCACCGGACCAUCAAAGUCACCGAGUCCAGUGAGUACUUCCAGCAGACCCGGCAUGACAGACACUCUCACAACCUCCAAAGCAUCCACUUCACUUGUGGCACCAAAAGUACCAGGCAUUUCUGCUAAUUCUCGAAGUUUAUCUCAAAUUUUAAUGGAACAGUUACAAAAAGAGAAACGGCUGGUGACUGGUACAGACAGUGGCCCUGAAGAGAGCAAAAAGAAUGAUGAUCAGGGUAUUGAAUCAUGUGGAGCUAGAACAGCCAGUUCUAACAAGUGUUUAAUGCAUGAUAGUGACUUGAACAUGCCCGCUGCCUUACAGUUAGAAAGUUCUAAGAUGGACGAAAUGGAAAUUUCUGAUGAUAUGGCUCCUGAUAAAAUAAAUGCAGAUGAAAGGUUAAAUAUUCUACAAAAUACAGAUAACUCAAAGGAAAAGACUGUUACAUCAGAAGCAGAUAAAAUAGAAGAUACAAUUCAUUGCAGUAGUGAUACAGAUGAAGACUGUUUAAUUAUUGAUACAGACUGUAAAAUUAAUAGUAAUGAGAAAACAGCUGGUGAGAGUCCUAAUUUAAGUUCUAAACCAACUAGUCCAAAUCCUUCUUCAGUACAGCCUUCUGUAGACAUCCAGAUUGAUUCUACCUGUAACCUUGAAGAGUCAUGUGUUCUAAAAAAACCCAUCAAAAGAGUAUAUAAAAAAUUUGAUCCAGUUGGAGAAAUUUUAAAAAUGCAAGACGAGCUUUUAAAGCCCAUUUCCAGAAAAGUGCCUGACUUGCCCUUACUGAAUUUAGAAAAUCCUAGAGAGCCUGCUGUUUCUGAGCAACCCUCUGCUCCUUCAGUUGAUGCCUCCAGUUGGACAAAAUCUCUGUGGCCAUCUACAUUUCAAAAGCCAAAAGGACGAUUGCCAUAUGAACUUCAGGACUUUGUUGAAGAUACGUCAGAAUAUCUAGCUCCUCAGGAAGGAAAUUUUGUUUAUAAGUUAUUUAGUCUUCAAGACCUGUUAUUACUCGUGCGUUGCAGUGUCCAGAGGAUAGAGACAAGACCACGUUCUAAAAAACGGAAGAAAAUCAGAAGACAAUUUCCGGUUUAUGUACUACCAAAAGUGGAGUAUCAGGCUUGUUACGGAGUUGAAGCUUUGACUGAAAGUGAACUUUGUCGCUUGUGGACUGAAAGUUUAUUGCAUUCCAACAGCUCAUUUUAUGUUGGACAUAUUGAUGCAUUUACUUCAAAGCUUUUCCUGCUAGAAGAGAUUACUUCAGAGGAAUUAAAAGAAAAGAUAUCAGCUCUCAAAAUUUCAAGUUUAUUUAACAUCCUCCAACACAUCUUAAAGAAAUUAAAUAGUUUGCAGGAGGGUUCCUACCUAUUAUCUCAUGCAGCAGAAGAUUCUUCUCUCCUGAUCUACAAGACUUCUGAUGGAAAAGUUACUAGAACAGCAUACAAUUUGCAUAAAACACACUCGGACUUGCCUACUAUACCUUCCAGUCUCUCUGUUCCCUGGGUGCCCUUAGAUCCCAAUCUCUUAUUACCAUAUCAUAUCCAUCAUGGAAGAAUACCGUGUACUUUUCCACCUAAAUCACUACGUACCACAGCACAACAAAAGGCUAGUGGAACAAGAAUGUCUACACGUAGCCGCAGGAAUCCAGUUUCCAUGGAAACCAAAAGCAGUUGCUUGUCUGCUCAGCAAGUUGAAAAUGAAGGAGUGGCUCCAAAUAAAAGAAAAAUAUCUUAA